AUGGCGCACUCGAUGACGACCGUCAAACUGGGCGGUCGGUUCUGGCCCCGUGUUCUGGGCGCCAGCCUGCUGCUGCUCUCCUUCCUGGUGCUCUCAUUCGGCGCCUGGGCUCUGUGGGCGGUCAUGGAGCGGCACCACGCACCCGAGGCGGUCUUCGGCUGCAGGUCCGCGGACUGCCGGGCGCAAAUGACUUGGCUUGCGUCGGGGCUGAAUUCUGGCGCUGACCCAUGUUGCAACGCGGACGCCUACGCCUGCGGACGGAUGCACUGGCCGCACGAGCUAUACACCAACACAAUGGAGGAGAUUCGCAGGCUGUGGUACGUGCGUGGAAGCCACUUCCUCGAGCAGCACCAGAGACCAGCAGCGGCGUUCGCUCUCUACAACGCGUGCAUUUCGGAGAGCCUCGAAUCCAGCGCCGGCAGGGAGUCGAUGACGUACUUCCUAGCGGAGAUAGGACUUCCGUGGCCCCACGUUUCCAGCGGCCGACACAGACAUUUCCUCGACGUCGUCCUGGACCUGAACAUCAACUGGGGCGUCCCGCUGUGGUUCGAGCUCAGCCUACGAAGACUACCCGAAGAGUCCAGAUACAGCCUGCACGUGAACUCGCUUCAGACGAGCGUCGUUUGGCAGCGCUGGCGGAACUUGACAACGUCACGAGCUUCCCGGCUGCAGUACGCGAGGGACCUCUACGUGCUGUUCAACGCCAACUGA